GACAAUAAAACCCCACCCACCGAUGCACUCAUAGUGAAGCAGCAGCAGCAGCCAAAAUUGAAUGAGAAAGGCGAAUAUUAUAAUGAGAAAAAAUCGAGAGUUGCUACUCGUCCUCUUCCUCGUCGUUUUUAUACUAUUCUAUUUUAUUACUGCGAGAACUGCAGACGACCCGUACUACAGUAACCAUCGGGAGAAAUUCAAUGGUGCCGCCGCCGACGACGGCGACGAGUCGUUACCUUUUCAUCAAUUAACGUCAGUACGAAGUGAUGAUGGAUACAAUAGAACGUCUCCUUUCAUAUUCAUAGGUGGUGUUCCUCGCUCCGGUACAACUCUGAUGCGUGCGAUGCUUGACGCUCAUCCAGAAGUCAGAUGUGGUGAGGAGACACGUGUCAUUCCACGCAUCCUGAAUCUACGGUCACAAUGGAAAAAGUCGGAAAAGGAGUGGAAUCGACUGCAGCAGGCUGGAGUGACGGGUGAAGUGAUUAACAAUGCGAUCAGCUCGUUUAUCAUGGAGAUAAUGGUUGGCCACGGAGAUCGGGCUCCUCGUCUCUGCAACAAGGAUCCAUUCACAAUGAAAUCAGCCGUCUACCUAAAAGAACUCUUCCCAAAUGCCAAAUAUCUUCUAAUGAUCCGUGAUGGACGGGCCACCGUGAAUAGUAUAAUCUCACGAAAAGUCACAAUUACCGGAUUCGAUUUGAACGAUUUCCGUCAAUGCAUGACGAAAUGGAAUGCGGCAAUUCAAAUAAUGGUAGAUCAGUGUGAAUCGGUUGGAGAGAAAAAUUGUUUGAAAGUGUAUUAUGAGCAGCUGGUGCUACAUCCGGAAGCACAAAUGCGGCGAAUUACAGAGUUUUUGGAUAUUCCGUGGGAUGAUAAAGUGCUGCACCAUGAGCAGCUUAUUGGAAAAGAUAUUUCUUUAUCGAAUGUGGAACGGAGCUCGGAUCAAGUCGUUAAACCGGUUAAUCUUGAUGCUCUUAUCAAAUGGGUUGGAACGAUUCCUGAGGAUGUUGUUGCUGAUAUGGAUUCGGUUGCGCCGAUGUUAAGGAGAUUAGGAUAUGAUCCGAAUGCAAAUCCACCAAACUAUGGAAAACCCGACGAACUAGUCGCGAAAAAAACGGAAGAUGUUCAUAAAAAUGGAGCCGAAUGGUACAAGAAAGCAGUUCAAGUGGUCAACGAUCCCGGCCGCGUCGAUAAACCAAUUGUUGAUAAUGAAGUAUCGAAAUUAUAGAGAAAUCGAAGAAGAAUAUUUUUAUAAAUUGAAACUUUUUAACGGGUCCCCCCCAUCUCUUCUAGUUGCCUUUUCCCACCCCACUUUUUCCCCUAAUUCGUGAUAUUUCCAUUCUCUCCGUUGUGUGUUUGUGUACCAUUAAUUUAUUUUCAAAUGUUCCAUCUUUUGCAUUCGGGUUUUAUUAUUUUAUUAUUAUCAUAAAGUUUUCGAGAUUUU